AAACUUGCUGCUCGAACCGGUCAGCACAAAUCAGCUUGGGAUGUUGGUACUGGCAACGGUCAAGCAGCUAUUGGUCUUGCAGAGUAUUUCGAGAAAGUUAUUGCAACCGACAUAAACGAAGCACAGUUAAAACGAGCAGUAAAACACGAAAGAAUCAGUUACCAUCACACUCCAACAACAAUGUCCGAAGACCAAAUGGUUGCUCUAGUCGGUGGAGAUAACUCUGUUGAUCUAAUCGUGGCAGCACAAGCCGUUCACUACUUCGAUCUCGCACCAUUCUACAACGUAGCAAAACGUGUUCUUCGCAAAGAAGGAGGAUUAAUCGCAGUUUUUGUCUACAACGACAUAAUCAUCUCCCCUGAAGUUGAUUCCAUCAUGAAACGUCUCGUGGACUCCACGUUUCCAUUUAGAACUCCGGUAAUGAAUCUUGCUUUCGACGGUUACAAAACGUUGCCGUUUCCGUUUGAAAGUAUAGGGAUGGGAUCAGAAGGGAAGCCUAUAAUGCUUGACAUUCCUCAUAAGCUAUCGCUUAAAGGGUUUAUCGGUUUCUUGAGAUCGUGGCAACCCGCAAUGAAAGCUAAAGAACGUGGAGUUGAGCUUGUAACUGAAGAUUUGAUCUCUAAGUUUGAAGAAGCUUGGGGUGAUGAUGAUGAUGUUAAAGAUAUUUUCUACAAAGCUCAUAUGAUUGUUGGAAAACUUUCGGCUUCAGAUAUAGAGCGGCAUCGAAAGAGAUUUGAAUCGAACUGUGUAGUUGCGACACUAAAGGAUAGUAACAACUCGGCUGUUAUUGCCUCAGUGACGGCUGCUGCAUUUGCUGGAGUGGCGGCUUAUUGUGCCUAUUCUGCAAGGAAGAACACUUAGAUCCUCUGGUGGACUAAGAAACAGUUUUCUGAAUCUACUGAAUAAAAUCUUUUUUAUUUUACAUUCAUGUUGUCAUGUAUCUAUGUAUGUCAUUGAUAUGAGAUGUGGUUAAGUAAUAUAUGAAGAAUUGAGAG